UGGGAUAUAGUGAACCAAGAUGGCGGCUGCCUUGAUUGGACUUCGUCGUCUUGUAACAAGAACAAGCCUCCGUUCUGUCGUUGUUUUGCAGCAGAAUUUUAAGAAUUAUGCAACCCAAGAUACUGUGACACAUACUGGACAGGCUUGGGAUAGUAAAGAUUACAGGAAUAAAAGAUUCACGGAUAGAAACAAAGAGGUUAAUAUGAAUUUUGGCAUCAAUCUUGUUGCUGAGGAACCCCCAAUUGAAGUCAAAGGAAGAUCUGUUUAUUGUGAUGGAGGAGGAGGWCCUCUGGGUCACCCCAAGGUUUACAUCAACUUGGAUCAAGAUGGCCCUCAUCCAUGUGGAUAUUGUGGAUUAAGGUUCAUAAAGGCAAAGGAUUCUCACUAAAGGAUUGUAGACAGGUUGUACAUAAAGAGCAAUGUCAGAAUUUGCAGGUUAAUUCAAUGAGGUGUUUGUAAUUCAAGGUUAUUAAAGUCAUUUUAAUUUUCAUGACAACUA